AUCACCGGAAAAAGCAAAAUAACCAAAACCAAGCAGAAAUCAAAUCGGGUCCUGUUGUUGAUUGCAAAUCUACCUAAUUCCAACGCCAUUGCAAUCGGAUUCCACAAUCCGAUACUGUUGACUCAUCUCUCCUCCACCUCCGUCUCCGAUCUCAUCCGGGGGUGCAAAGAGAAUUUAGUAUUUGGUGAUGAUGCGUAAAGCACCUUCGUUAGUCGACUUAUGUGUUCAGUUGGCAAUAGAUAAUGUUAGAUAUCUAGGAGAUGUUGGAGAAACAGACUUUCAUCUCUUAGACCGCAUUUUAUCCCACUGUACACUUGAUCAGUUGACGCACAUUGAGAAUAAAACGGAAGGUAGGGAUCUUAGCCCUGUAACUGAUAAAUUGUGGAAGAAAUUUUACAAGCUACAAUUUGGCGUUGAUAGCACCAAUACUGUUGUUGAGAGAAUGAGACAGAGGAAAGUAACCUUCAAAUGGAGACAAUUAUAUGAGGCAAAGGUAAAAGAGAGGGAAGAGGCAACACAAAAAUCACUUGACCGGAUAAAGCAACGAUAUCAAGAAGAAGAUGCUAGGAAACAAAGUCGACAAGUGCAAUUAUGUUCAAAGGUUCCACCUCCUAGCAAGAAAAGAAGCUUUUAUGGAGGUGUUGCUGCUAGCAAUAUUUACAACACAAAAAGUGGCUUGCUGAAGAAGGCGAAGCUAGAAUUCAUUAACAGCCGAGAGGUAAAAAAUAUAGCGGCCAUGAAGAAUAAGGUGGUUCACAGGAAUCAUAGUGUUUCUUCCACAAGGAAGCCAAUUGUUAAUUCUGGAUUUGCUGCUUCAUCAUCAUCAUCAUCAUCCAAAGUAACCAAGCCAAUUCAGAGAAGAUUUUAGAGAAGAUGUGCAGUGAUUUUUCUAAAGAGCAAUGUUGUAUUGUUUGUGUUCGCAAGCAGUAAAACCUGAUGUUUCUGUUCAGUAUAUGACUUUAAAAUAUCCAUCAAUUCCACUAUCUUGUCCUGGUCAAUGUUAAACAUAAUCGGCCAGGUUGAUAAUUGUGCAUAAUCCUCUUCAAAUUAUGUAUACACAACUGACAUCUUUUAGAUA